GGGGUCCGCACACCCAAUUCGUCCCCCCACCACCACCGACCUCGCUCCUCAUCCACCUUCGCUGCCCUCACCCCCAGCAAAGGAUGUGGACCUCCCGAAGCCGGGCCUGACAUCCAGCGGAAGACCUCCAACCCAUCAACAUUUGCGCCGGUUGCGCCGCCAGCACUCUAGCACCCACCCUCUCACCUUUUCCUAAAAACCCAACCAUGGACCUCGCCAACACCCUCAUCCGAAGCGUGGUCCGCGCCUUCUACGAGACCCGCCACAUCCUCGUGGUCGAUGCGCUCUUCAUCCACUCCGUUCUCCACGCCGAAGACCUCGCCUUUCUCCUGGGAAUGCAACAAAAAGACCUCCGCAAACUAUGCGCCAAGCUGCGCGAAGACCGUUUAAUCGCAGUAAGCACACGCGCCGAAAUCCGCGACGGAUCCACCCGCCCCGUCAACCGCGAAUACUACUACAUCCCGCUGCACCCGGUGGUCGACGCGAUCAAAUACAAAGUGUCGAAGUUAACAUCGACCAUCAAAGCGCAAUACACGCCCAGCGACGAACGGAAAGAAUACAUCUGCCUGCGCUGCGGGGCCGAAUGGACGGAACUCGACGUGCUGAGUCUGUACUCGGAGGAAGGCUUCGAGUGUCAGAACUGCGGGGCGAUUCUGGAUCGCACCGAGGAUGUGAAGGGCGCCGAGGGCAUCGAUCGCACGGGCCACGAGAAGAACAGUAAAUUGAUGGCCCAGCUGGACAAGAUGCUCAAAUUGCUGAAGCAGAUCGAUACCGUCGAGAUCCCCCCUAAUGAUUUCGACACCGCUUGGGAUCACAAGGUCGAUGUCAUCCGGAACCAGCAGAUUCAUCCGACUCGUGCCGCCGUGGUGGUACCUUCGAAGACCCAGGAGGCUGUGCGCGGGAAUACCAAGACCGAUUCGGCGGCGCUGGAGAUCUCGCUCACGUCGAGCGAAGAGAAGAGCGCCGCGGAACAGGCCGCCGAGGCGGCGCGCAAGGCCGCGGUCGAGAAGCAGAAUGCCCUGCCGGUCUGGCAUACGCAUUCGACGGUCUCGACGUCCGCGGGUAAUCUGCCCUCCGUGAAGGCGGAGACGGACGUCGACAUCAAACCCGAGAUCAAGUCGGAGGAUGAGGACCGCAAGUCCACCCUGGAUGCCCUUGAUGACAAGGUCGCUGCCUACUACGCCGAGAUGGAGCGGGAGAAGGCCCUCCAAGCGCAGGAGGACGCCAGCAGUGUCGAUGACGAUUCCGACGACUUCGACGAGUUCGAGGACGUCGGAGGCGUCUCUGCGAGUGAUGCCGCGUCUCCGGCUGUGGGUGGGCUUCCUACUGGUGGCGGCGGUGCUGGUCCGACCAGUGCGCCUAUGAAUCCCUCCACCUCGUCGACCGGCAUUAAGCGCGAGCUGGACACGGACUCCAGUAUCAGUGCGCCCCCCACCGCGGGGGUUACUCCGUCUACGAACGGAGAUGACGGCCCAGCGGCAAAGAAGAUCAAGGUCGAGCCGGAGGUCAAGCAAGAGGAGUCGGACGAGGAUGAUGACGAGGAGUUUGAAGAUGUGUAAUGUCUGUUUCAAAAUUGGGGGCCUCAUC